AAUAAAUUUCCAAUAUCCGGAAUGAUCGCCAAGCUGAAAAGGGAGCUCUUGGAGAAGUACCAUUAUCCGCCGAAGAAGUCGCCGCCAAAGGUUAAGUAUGUGGCGUGUGGGAAAAGGGCUUUCUACCACGCCGAUCCGGAUAAUUACACUCCGUGCUGGAGCCAUCCCAUAAACGCGCCAGCUCAGGCCCGCUUUGGGGUUUGCUGGGAGUACCCGCCGGAGCGGUACAAGCGCCGUCCCCUACCUCCGCCUUGCCGCGGCGCCACCUUGCCCUUGGAAGUGCUGAAGCCCACCUUUGAGCACUGUAAGAACAUCUACACCCGGUACGACGCCCAGUUGGAAAAGUGCGUGCACGAGCAGACCCUGGUGCUCGACAAGCAGCUGAGCAGACUGAGAUACCAACUGGCCAAAGCCAAAGAGCAGCAAAUCGAGAAAGUCAAGAUGAUGCGCUACCACGGCGUAAGAUAUCGCCUCCUGAUUGGUGGAUCUUUUGGCACCAAGAUAUAUCCCGAAUACAUCAGCCGAAUGACCGAGGAGCGCGCCCUUUGCCAGUUCCAGCGGGCUUACAACUUCGUCAAUCAGUCAAUCGCUGACUUGACCAGCUCGUUCCUGCAGGUGCGUGAGUCCAUGAAGGAACUGGAACUGCGGUUGAGCAGGCUGGAUCGAAGUCUAAACAGCCCUUUUCUGAUCGAACUGGAAACGGUUUUACAGACCCUUGAAGACCUCAACUCAUUUUUCUUUGGCGUGAUUGUCAAGCUCAAGACGUGGGCCGAGCUCAUGGACCCCAUGAAGGAGCACUCCAUUGAAGACUACCUGGCACUACUGUGCACGGAGAGCAAUUUCAAGACGUUCAUGAGUGCUGGCAUGGAGAACUGCACCUGUAAGCGGUGUGGCAAAAAGGAUCCCCUCAAGCCCUAUCUGCCAUGCUGGUGUCAGCCACUGGAGUCCAGUGACGACUGUCGCGGGGCCAAGCAGCCAGAUCCUGGGUGUAUGCAGAUUACAAAUUUCAAAAUCUCGGAAAGCGACUCUGACUUUGUCCCGGAGUCCAGCGUUACUUCUUUGCUUGUAAAAGCCGCCGAGAAGAAGGCCAAGAAGGCUCAAACAGAUCAAUCGGAUUAGAAUGCCCACGAUAUGUUACAUAUAAUAAAGUUAG